GUUACCCGAAAGUUUACAGGCAGCGGGUCUGUGAACAUGGAGAUCAUUUCAGAUCUGUAGUGGAAUACUUUUUAAGAAAUUUGGCCUUUAGAAUUCAUUUUCAGCCAGAGACGUGUCUUGCAGCCGUAAACCCUGAUUGAAAACUGACCUUAAACGCUGCCAAGGAUCUGAGUUGGUUAAUGUUCAACUCUUGGAGCUCUUAGUGUGCCUGAAAAGGAAUUUGGAAAUGGGACUUUGCGUGUAGAUUUCCAAAGCAGCAGCAGACAUGGGCAGCGGGACAAGCCGAGGGAAGAAAGUUGCACCUGCAUGUGUCAGCGAGGUGAAUGUAACCAAAACAGCAACCGGUGGUGUCACUUCACCCAAACAGGACAACCGUCCAUUCAAGCCUCUCAAAAUCCAUGCGAUUUUGCGCAACGCGCGCAACCGUGCGCACCCGGACUGCCACAGCGAGGGGCACGACUCUGACUUCUCCAGGGAGGACGAUGACAUUGAUGCAGAGCUGGACACGGUUCUGGCAGAUUACGAGGAGCGAGGGAGUGUUUCAGUGAAGAAGAGUCCUCCCAAGAAGACGGUCAUCAGAUCCAAAACAUACGGACUGUGCCAUUUUAGCCAAGAGGAUGAGGAGGACUUGAGCUCAGCUCGUCGGUCCCGAGCCGAGGAGCCACGUGGCUCACACGGUGGAUCAAAAGAUGUAAACAAGAGGAGCAAUAAUGCUUUCACACACUCUAAAAAACACACACCUGCAUGCCCCAGUCAGCACAGUUCCUCCUCUCAGGGCUUUUUGACAAGAGGGGCUUUGUUGGAAGCUGUUCCCACAACAGAGAAACAAUCGACUUUUGGCAGCUGCCAUAGCUCCUCUCUCACCAUGCCAGUCAUCCUGUACGAUGGAUCAGAAGAAGAGCUGAUGGACACUAUUGAGAGGGAGUUUAGUUGACCCCCAGCUGGGAAUGCUGCAGCAAAGCUUCUGUCCUACAGCAGUGUGCAGAAGAUAUUUUAAGAAGAGAAAGGGAACCAGGGUUUCUUUUGACAAAUUCCUGCUACUACGGAAGGCUACAGUCACUGUGUUUGAGCAGGGUUUCCAGCAUGAAUUUAACACUUACGUUUGCACUCCAGGCCUUUGCAUUCACCAAGUCUUAUUUAACAUGAAGCAGUGUAAUCGCAGAGUUAUAACACCAACUUGAACAGAUGCCAGGAAGCCUCCUCAGUUUGUUGUGUGCAGUGGUGUCACUGUCACCCCCUCAACGCUGCCGACCUCCCACAGAGCACACACCUACUUAUGUGUUACCUAUUACUUAUUCUACUUUAACUUGUCUGUUAAUAGGUAAAGGAGGGAACACAUAUUCUUCUCUGGCACAUUCUUGUAGCCUAUGCUAUAUGCAAAAAUAACUUUCCACCAGCAUUUUUGCGCACGCAGCCCCGUGUAAAGUUCUUCUAAGUGGCAGCAAAGGUAUGAGCUUGGAUUGUUUAUUUAAGGUUUCCUUCCUGACCACAGUUCCUGCACUUUUCCAGCCUUAUGAAGAAGGAAUGUGAGGCAACAGAGGCUUUCAGUCAGGCACAGCUGCAUUUCAGACACACUCAAACGUAAAAGCCUGCUGCCACAUAGUGGUGGAACGGAGUAGUUGAGUGCACGGACACAUAAAUGGACAUUUGUUUGUGUCAACACUGCAUUUGUCAGUGUUUAACGAAAGGUGGAUUUCAGCCAGGAAUGUAGAGGGAAAGUUUUUUAUUUGGUUUUAUACUGCAAAUAAAAAUUGGUUAUUGCAUUUGUGAA